AUGAUGUUUCUGCGACGACUGUUGUUUUUGACGGCAUUGCUUUUGAGUGUUGCCUGCGUGUGUGUGGCGUCUGAAGAGACUAAAGAGGCAGAAGAUCUAUCUGCUGGUGAUGGUGAUUGUCGUGAUACAGGCAAGGAGGGUUCCAAGUGUAAACCUAACCCGGAGGUAGUUGAAGAUUCUCCUGAGUGCAAAGAACAUUCUGAAAAGGAGAAAUGCACUACCGAGGAUGGUAAGAGUGAAGGCGAUUGCCCUAAUGGUUCUGAACUUCCUUGUACACCAAAAGAACCAGCUCCAACUUCACCAAAGGAACCAGCUCCAACUAUACCGAAAGCGCCUGGUCUUAAUGAAAAGGGUUCUACUGAGGAAGUUGGACUAGAUACAGUAUCUGGUGGUCCUACAGGUGAAAGAGGUACAGAUGGCAGUAGGCAGGGUUCUGGUACUCAUAUUGGUAGUGGUCCUGUCUCUUCUUCCGCUCCUCCUACUGUAUCUCCUCCAUCUCAGUCAACGACUAAUGAGGAGAGAAGGGAUCCAUCUCCAACUGACACUCAUACUGGAAACAUCGGCGGCAGUACAACAGAGGAGAGUGGAGCUCUCCAGGGAGGUGAUCCUGCCCAACCCUCUUCUUCACCCACCACUUCAGAAACCGAGAGUGUCGGUGAAAAUGCUGCUGGGAGUGAUGCUACAACUGCUGCGAAUGACACUAAACCUACAGAGGGUGAGUCACCAAGUACCCAAGAAGGUGCUGAAGGAAAUACAGAAUCAACCACUACCACCACAACAACAACACUUCCUCCUGAACUCACAAACAACAAGAAGGGUGAUGCAGACAGUAGCAGCAGUAUCAGCAGUUCUGUGUGGGUGCGUGUA